AUGACAGAUAUUGAAGCACUCUUUGCUAUCAAGAAUGAAAUACUUGAUCCCUUUGAUUCUUUGAUUACAUGGAAUGUGUUUGUUCCUUUAUGUCAAUGGCGUGGUGUAUUUUGUAGUAACCUCGUUGAAUUAUGGGCAUUCAAGAACAAUCUUGUAGGUGUGCUUCCCAAGGAGCUUGGAUUUCUUCCCAAAUUCAAAUAUUUUGAUUUCAGUUACAACAAACUCAUUGGUGAAUUCCCGAAAUCUUAUGGUAACUUUUCAGGUCUUUUGGAAAUGUACCUUUUGAAUAAUGAUCUCGAGGGUAAAAUCCCUGAUGAGUUAGGGAAACUGAAAAACUUGGAAAUAUUUGAUGCAGACUUCAAUAAGUUAUCAGGUAGAAUUCCGAGCUCACUAUUCAAUCUUUCCUCUUUGAAAGUCAUUGAUGUGUCAAAUAACCAAUUCGAAGAUUUGUCAAGCAACAGGUUUGCAGGACACAUCCCGAUAAACAUUGGGAAACUCGUUAACUUGGAAGAGCUUAGGCUGAGCAGAAACCAACUCACAGGUAUCAUCUCUCCGACUAUUGGGAAGCUUCAUAAGCUACGACAUUUAUAUCUGUCCCAAAACAAAGUCUCAGGUAGUAUACCAUCUUCCAUUGCAAAUCUGAGCCUUUUAACAGAGUUAAAUCUUGAUCAUAACAAUCAUAGAGGUAAAAAACCUUCAAGUAUUGCAAAAUGUCAAAGUUUGUUGUAUCUUAACCUGAACCAGAAAAAUUUAAUCGGUUCGAUAACUAAAGAAAUUUGUGUCAUCUCUUCCUUAGUUGUUCUAAACCUUUCUAGUAACAACUUGACUGGCGCCCUUCCCAAAGAAAUCGGUAGCCUGAAAAAUCUCUUAUCAUUAGAUGUCUCUUUCAAUAGUCUCACUAGUGAAAUUCCUACUACACUUGGGAGUUGUGUGACAAUUGUUAACUUAACAAUGAAAUGGAAUUUAUUCCGCGGGAUUAUUCCUUCCACUUUCAGUUCACUAAAGAGUCUUCAAGUUUUAGAUCUUUCGCGGAAUAAGCUAUCAGGUAUAGUUCCAAAGUACUUGGAAGGAUUUGCCUUACAUUUCUUGAACUUAUCGUUUAAUGAUUUUGAAGGUGCCCUUCCACAACGAGGCAUCUUUGAGAACGCAAGUGUAGAUUCAUUCAUUGGAAAUCCUAGAAUCUGUGGUGGUAUACCUGGCUUGAAACUUGCCAAUUGCAACUUCAGUCAUUCAAAGAAAAUAAACUUUAAGCUUGUUAUUUUAGAAAUAUUAGGAAUUUUGUGGCUAGUUGUUAUGGUUUGUGCUUUUUUUUUCUAUCGAUUCGAAAUGUCUAAAAGAACAUUUCCUUCAUUAGAGAACAAUCUAAACCAACUCAUAGCUAUGUCCUAUCAAAGUAUUCUUAAAGUUACCAACGGGUUUUCUACGAGCAUCUUGAUUGGUGUUGGGAGUCAUGGAUAUGUUCAUAAGGGAAUUUUGGAAACGGAUGGUAAACACGUUGCUAUAAAAGUAUUGAAUCUUUUAAAAUAUGGAGCUAUCAAAAUUUUCAUAGCAGAAUGUGAGGCCUUGAGAAAUGUUAGACAUCGGAAUUUAGUUAAGCUACUUACUGCAUGUUCUGGUGUUGAUUAUCGUGGCAACAAAUUCAAGGCAAUUGGUUUACGAGUUUAUGGCCAAUGGAAGUUUGGAGGAGUGGUUGCAUCCAGAUAA